AUGACAGAAAACCGUCCAACCACUACCAGAACCUCUUCUGAGACUGUUCAACUCGCAAACUUCACCUACACCUACAACUACAACUUUUCAACAGAUGAUUAUAUUUACGAGGAACAAGGAAUGUUUGACAGUCCAUUCACAAGCAUAUAUUUGAUAAUCUGCAUCAUUGGACUGCUCCUAAAUAUCAUGUCAAUAAUUGCCAUUGUGAAUAUCCCCAAUGGUAUGACGCCACAUUCAAAACUGAUAAUCAGUCUAAAUAUAUCCGACAGCCUUAUUCUGAUGGCAGCACUUGGUCACAAUUUCUUGUACUUAACAUCGUGGGUUGCUUGUCUGUCUAUUAUAAAACGUGCCCUGCGUGAUAUAGGCAUUCUGGCGACACUUCUGAACCUACUCGCCAUGGCAAGUGAUCACUAUCUAGCCAUCAUGAACCCGAUGAACUACAGCAGGUUCAUGAAAGGAUUCCGCUGCCACUGUCUGAUUUUACUGAUAUGGAUCACAAGUUUAAUGAUCGGAUGUUCAGAGAUUAUUGCUGGCCAGAUGACUGAAGUUAAAUUUGAUCUCCACCUAUCUUUUUGCAUGAAAAUCUUUGUAGAUGAUUUUGAUACUGAGAUAAUAGUUAUCACCCUUGUUUUCAUGGUUCUUACUGGCAUUGUAAUGUUCUACAUGCAUAUUUACUUCGUUGCCAAGAACAUCAUUGCGCGUGACAGAAUGCUCUACCAUGACAACAUGCACAAUUAUAAAGCUAUUAAAGCAAUGGUGCUUAUCAUCGGAACUUUCGUCAUUUUCUGGACACCGAUGGCCAUAUUCAAAAUAUACACACAUUUCCAUUCUGAUGACUACGAGCACCUUGUAUUUGCUGACAACUUUCUGUUCCUAAUGCUACUGCUGAAUUCAUUGGCUGACCCACUCAUCUAUGCCACGAGACUCCAAGAAGUACAAAAAGGUUACAAAGCAUUGUUUUACAGAUUUUUCCCAAAUCGUCGCUUCUCCGCUAACGAGGAAGACUUCCGCAACCAGAACAACAUGAUGUUCAUGAGAAGACAGGAUACAUUUCAUACAUUUCUAACGGAUAAAUCAGACAGUUCAAACCAUGACCACUCUUACAGAAGAAUUUCUAGAGAUGAAAUACAAGUCUGAGAAAAGUCUUUUAGCUCAUGAAAUUGUUAAAAUACUAAAUAAAAUCUUCUAGAUGGAAUACAAAUAGAAGCAGUGUUCAAUAAAGUAAUGUGCAAAAGAGCUGUCAUUGAACAAUACAAUUUGAAACCUAUUUCUUCAUGCGUAGUGAAAAUAUCUCUAUUCUGUGUUAAAGGAAAAAGCGACUUUUCAUCACAAGUUUGAACAUGGAAUGUCAUUUUCAGAGCUAUAAAAUAUAAAACAAAAACAACAUAGUAUUUAUA